CUUAAAAGUAUGAUUAGAUUACUAAAACGUCAAUCAUCAACAGAGGAAGUGCUUGCUAGGUUAUUUUAUUCUUGUGGAAAAAAGUUGUUUUCACAGAUCGAAUCAAAUUGUUUACCAAAAACGUGUGAAAAUUAUGUACCAAAAGUGCCAUAAGUUAUUGAAUCCGAUUCAUAAUAUGGUGUAAAGAAUAUUGAUAGGAAUAAAUUCAAUCCCAAAACGAAAUCUGUUCUAUCGGAAUAUACCGGAAAUUCAGCACACAUAUUUUUCAACUAUCAUGAAUUAUUAAGUUACAAAACAAAAUACAGGGUCAUAUAUGGAUCAGCGAUUUAAAAUGUAUCUAAAAAUAUUUAAUUCUAAAUGCUCUUAUUGGUUUUUCUAUACCUUCAUCAAGAACGUUAAAAACGUCCCUUCUUGGAAAUGAAUGUAGACUUAAUGUCAUUGAUAAUGGAAACAUAAACGUUUAAUUAAUUUGAAGGAGGUGUGUUAACAUGGCUGUUAAAAGAGACGAUUUAUCAUGCCUUGAGAAGUUCGACGAAGGUUCUGUUCUGGAAGUGUUGAGGUCAAGAUAUGCAAAAGAUGAAAUUUAUACAAAUUGUGGUGAAAUUUUGUUGGCUCUAAACCCAUACAAGACAUUGCCAAUAUUUGAUGAUGAAAAUCAUGAAAAAUACGACUGGAAAAGAUUUGAAGCAAAAAUGCCACCGCAUGUUUUCAAUGUUGCGGCUCGUGCAUACCAAAGAAUACGAGAAGCAAAGACUGAUCAAGUCAUUCUUGUCAGCGGAGAAUCUGGAGCCGGAAAAACAGAAAGCACAAAACUUAUGGUCAAGCACUUGGUUUACAUGUGCCCAAAUGGAAGCGACGACUUGCACAACAAAAUUGUACAGGUUAAUCCUCUUCUUGAGGCCUUUGGAAAUGCCCAGACAAUAAUGAACGACAAUUCAAGUCGAUUUGCCAAAUUUUUAGAACUCAGCUUUGACGAGAGUGGACAGAUUCUCGGAGCUGCAAUUCGUGAUUACAUGUUAGAAAAGUCGAGAGUUGUUACUUUCAACAAAGAUGAAGGAAAUUUUCACAUUUUCUAUUCCCUGUUCGCAGGAACCAGUAAACAACAACUGAGCGACCUUAAUUUAUCGGAAAGCAAAGAUUAUAGGAUCAUGAACUGUGGGUGUCUUAAAUUGUUGGAAGAAAAAACGAAAUACAGAACAAUAUACACACAACAGAUGGAUGCCUUGAAAAGGAUAGGCUUCAAUCAGGAUGACAUAAACAUAUUACAUUGCAUGUUAGGUGCGAUUAUUCAUUUGACUGAAGUGAAGUUUCAAGAGGCAGACAAAGCAAAUGAGCCACUAAAAAUAGUUAACACUGACCAGGUUGAACAAGCUGCACAGCUACUGAAUGUAGAGCCAGUAGAACUUUGUUUAGCACUUAUCAAGACCAAGACAGAUUAUGGAGGUAUAGGAGGUUCAGGUGAGCAGAUUUACUGUUUGAAAAAUCUAGAACAAGCACGAGAUGGCUGUGAUGCUUUGGCCAAAGCUAUAUAUGAGCGUAUGUUUGGAUGGGUAAUUAGAAGGAUCAAUGAGGAUUUAAACCCAACUAAACAAAGGAACAAGGUUUCUGCAUCUAUAGGGAUACUCGAUAUUGCUGGGUUUGAGAAUCUUCACGUCAACAGUUUUGAACAGCUGUGCAUCAAUUUCGUUAAUGAACGUCUUCAAAAUUUUAUGAACGACCAUGUGUUUAGGAAAGAAAGAGCGAUAUACCGUGACGAAGGCAUUCCAUGUGACGAUAUAGAUUUCAAAAAUAAUGAAGACAUUAUCGAUACUUUCAUGAAGAAGCAAAUCGGGAUACUUAAUUUACUGGAUGAAGAAACUCAAUUCAAGCAAGGCUCAGAUGAAACUUUUGUUCGAAAAGUUACAACAAACCAUGCUAAAUCAGAAAUAAUUAUAAAAAAACCAAAUGACGAUCCAGAAUUCGGAGUAUGCCAUUUCGCUGGAAAGGUAUGGUAUGACUGUCAUGGAUUUCUUGAUAAGAACAGGGACACUCUGAACGACGAUUUGUUUGACUGUAUGAAGGACAGUACAAAUGAUUUCAUUAGUGAUCUUUUUACUAUCAAAAAGGGACCAACCGGCACAAUAUCAGAAACACAUUUCAAUUUACGACAGUCAAAGAAAGUUCAGAGAGAGUCGAGUUCAAAUGAUGCCAGGCAGCUGUCUACAGAACUAGGAAAAUCUUUGCGAAAAUUUAACCUGAGGGGCCCAGAAACACGCAGAUACAACGUCAAUAAACAUAAAACUGUCAUUUCAUACUUUAGGGAGUCGAUGGACAAACUUUUGUUGAAAAUGAAACGAGCAGAGGCACAUUUUGUUAGGUGUAUCAAGCCAAACAAACAGAAGCGAAAGGAUAAUUUCAGUGGCCAGUAUGUGAAAGUACAACUGUUAUAUAAUGGUAUAACUGAAAUAGCUAAAAUAAGGAAAAAUGAGUAUCCAAUCAGAAAACGGCACACCGACUUUUAUGAGAGAUUUUUUGUCCUUAAUUCGGAGUUUUUUAAGGCAAAACAGCAAAAUCCUGGCCAUCUCGCCAAAAUGUUAAUAGAAAAAAUUAUACCUGAUGAAUUGAAAAAAGAGUGCAAAAUUGGAAAACAUCAAGUUUUCAUGAGAGAAACAGUUCACUUAUUUCUUGAAAAGCAGUUAUACCAUCGCGAAAAAUUGUCCGGAAUUUUGCACAAAAUAUGGUUAGGUAUGAAAGCAAGAACAUUGUUAAAAGAAAUGAAAAGAAAAGCAGAGUUUGAAAAAAAGAAAAAGAACGACGAGAAAGAAGAAACGGUACCGCAGACAAUAUUUGAAGACCCACCCUCUGACACCCCAACUCACAAAGAUGGAUACACUACUAAAGAAAUGUGGCACAAUAGAGCGUCCAGUCAAACGAGCCGCCAUGGUGAAACUGACCCCCAACAAUUACGUAAACGUAUAAACGAAGAUAACAAAUUCCCUUCGAUAACAAGACAAGACAUUGGUACAGGAUCAACUUAUCCUGAUCAUCAUAUCGAUCUAAAUACUGUUGAUACAGAGGAACAGAAGAAAAAAGAGUCUAAAAGAAAAGAAAAACCGUUUUGGGAUAUAUUCAACAAUAUACCCAGAGAAAAGAAAUCUAAAGAUGUUCAUGAGAGAAGUAGCCUGAGAGUCAUAAAAAUGAUUAUUUAUGGGCUUUUAUUUCUUCUUGUGCUUUGUUCUCUUGUGGUCCAGAAGAUUAGUUUGAUGCUUAUAGUGAAUAACGAGAACGAGGAGAGGAAUAACAUUACCAUUUCUGAAAAUGGAACAGAGUAUACCACACAGAUUCCAGUAAACAGCAGUACUCCCGAGAAUCAGAACUACCAGGUUAAAGGCGUUGAUCUUCCGCAUGUUAAACAUUUUCUCUUGGUCCUUGCAAUAUGUAUACCAUAUGCACUGACAGUGGUUUUUGCACUUUUGAGAGUAUUAUUUGGAAACAUCAAGUCACCAGCCAUGCAAACAAUGUUUGUGGUACUUACCAUUGAGUGUAUGCAUUCCGUUGGGUUAGGAUACCUUGUUUUUAAGGUUUUGGGAGAACUGCAUGCAGUACAUGGUAUUAUGGUAUUAAAUACAACUUGUUUUGUACCUAGCGUUCUUAAUUUGUUUACUUCAAGUGCAACUACUAAUGGCGAUUCUGCAAAGAAAUGUCUGAAGGCUUGCAUGAGAGUCACUGACACGAUUAUCAACAUACUGGCAUGCGCGGCUCAAAUAUCAGUUAUACCACUUGUUAUAUACUUCGGUAUUUAUAAAAUGGAUGUUUCAACAGAAGAAACCAUUUAUAGUAUGUGUUGCUUUCUACUCUGUUCCUUAUCAUGGUGGGAAAAUUUCCUACCUGAUGAAACGACGAAGAAAAACACUUUAACUGAUGGAACGAAGAAGAAUAACACAACAAAUGGAAACAUUGCAUGUUUCAACAAGUUUGAGCAAACAAUUUUAAGCAUAAAAUUCGACCUACAAGAAAGUCGGCCAUUCAUUACAGCAAUAUCGUCAUUGCUCAAAAUUGGGGUCACAAUUUUAAUUGGUGUCUUCUUACCAGAAUCAGAUCUCAAUUUAGUCACUGGAUGGAAGGAUCUUACAUUAGAUGAAAUAUUCAAAUUUACACCAAUUAUUUGUAUAACAACAUGCUCCUUUGGGGCUUACUACAUGGCAUAUACAGCAUGCAGGUUGAAAUUACAAGUGAUUUCUUUUUCAUUGGCUUGCUUCUUGUCGACCCCUUUUGCUGUUGCAAUUGCGAUGAUUGACUGUGAAUACAAUAUUUUAUCAGCAUUCAGCAAUGACAGUUUAAAUUGUCAGAAAGAAGGUUCAAUCAAUUCGUACAUGUUUUUCAUUUGGGGUUUGAUAUUAUUCGUUUCAAUAUACUGGAUUGCAAGGCACAUAUGGAGUCCAAAUCAAGACAGACUAGCAAAGAUGGACAAACUGUUUGUGAAUCCUCUAUACUGCAGUAUACUCUUAGAACAACACUUGCUGAUGAAUAGACGAAGAUAUGUCAGACGAAUAAGAAAAGAAGUAGAAAAUGGUGUUGAACUAUUUAGAAUUGCUGAUGAUGAAAAUAAAACACCUUUAAAAAAGAUACCUCCAAUGAUAUAUGCUUGUGCAACCAUGUGGCAUGAAAAUCGACAGGAAAUGGUGCAGAUAUUAAAGUCAUUAUAUAGAGUUGACACAGAUCAGUUUAUUAGACAGAGGGCUUUAGAAAUUUCACUGAAUGAAGAUGAAGAAGUAAACAUGGAAGCAUUUGAAUACUACGAAUUCGAAGCUCACAUUCUAUUUGAUGAUGCUUAUGAAUUAGAUGAUAAUGAAGAAGAAAUGGUGCCUAACAAAUUUGUAAGAGAGUUUACAGAUGUCAUGCAGGAAGCUGCAAAUGCUAUCCAUAAGAAACACAUAGAGCUCAGAAAGCCGAGAAUAAUUCCAUCGCCUUAUGGAGCACAGUUAGUGUUUCUCCUUCCUGGAAACAACUUAAUGUAUGUUCAUCUCAAAGACAAGAAUAAAAUACGACACAGAAAAAGGUGGUCACAGGUAAUGUACAUGUACUACCUGCUUGGUUAUCGCUUAAUAAAUGCAUCUAAGGAAAAAACAAAGAUAUUCUUAAAAGAAGACAAAUUUGAUGACCACAUCACAUGGAAUACAGAAAAGAAAGAUGGCAAAUUUGGAAAAAGCCAAAUUUUUAAUAUUCUGGAUGAUGAAAUCUUGAAUCGGGCUGAAAAUACGUUCAUAUUGGCUUUAGAUGGAGAUGUUGAUUUUACUCCAAAAGCUGUAAGAUUGCUUGUUGAUAGAAUGGUUACGAAUGAACAAUUGGGUGCUGCAUGCGGUCGUAUACAUCCUAUUGGUAAAGGUCCAAUGGUAUGGUAUCAAAAAUUUGAGUACGCCGUGGCUCACUGGUUACAAAAAUCGACAGAGCAUGUUCUUGGUUGUGUAUUAUGCAGCCCUGGAUGUUUUAGUCUCUUUCGUGGUUCAGCUUUAAUGGAUGAUAAUGUCAUGAGAAAGUAUACUAUCAAACCUACAGAAGCUUCACAUCACCUUAUGUAUGACCAAGGUGAGGAUCGCUGGUUGUGUACAUUACUGCUACAGCAAGGAUAUAGAGUAGAUUAUGCAGCUGCCUCAGAUGCCUAUACUUAUGCACCCGAAGGUUUUGGCGAAUUCUUUAAUCAAAGAAGGCGUUGGAUGCCAUCAACAAUUGCUAAUAUAAUGGAUUUACUAACAGAUGCAAGGAACACUGUGUCUAUAAAUAACAACAUCAGUUGGCUGUUUAUGAUUUAUCAAGGAGCUUUGAUGGUGUCGACCUUGAUUGGACCUGCCACAGUAAUCAUGAUGAUAGCAGGAGCAUAUCUAACUGUUUUUCAAAUAAAUCUUCUUACAUCUUAUGCAAUAGCUCUUUCGCCAGCUAUUUUAUACACGAUCUUAUGCUUUACUGUGAAGCCUAAAUAUCAGAUCACGACAGCAGAAAUAUUCAGCGCCAUUUAUUCAUUUAUAAUGAUGGUGGUAUUUGUUGGUUGCAUUAUAACAGCCGUUCAGCAGAGUCCAUUUCAUCCGAGUGUAAUUUUCCUUUGCUCAAUGGUGUUUAUUUUCCUCUUCGCUGCCGUUAUUCAUCCAUGGGAAUUUAGCUGCAUUUUUUACGGGCUAUUAUACUUUUUGUGUGUUCCUAGUGGAUUUUUAUUAUUGAUCAUUUAUUCCCUAUGUAAUAUGAAUUCUGUAUCAUGGGGAACACGCGAAGUAGCUAAGAAAAAAACGCAAAAAGAAAAGAACGAAGAAGAAAGAAAUAAAAAAGAAAAUGAAGAAAAGAAGAAACAAAAAAGCUGGUUAAGCCGCUUAAUGCCAGUUAACCAACUCAAAGAUUUAAGAAGUAUAUUAGAGCUCACAAAAAAAGAAACAAAAACGAAAGAGGACAGAGGUAUACAGACUGAAGAUUUGAAUGAAGUUGUUGUCGAAACGAAUAAAAGGAAAACAGUCACUUGGCUAGACAAAACACCAGAAGGAACAAUUCACGAAGAAACUAAUAUAACACCAACGACCGAUAAACCUUUUGAUUUUCUACACAAGCCAAAAUGGACGGAAGAUAAAGAUUUUAAAAACGGAAAAGUUAUGGUGAUGACACCAGGAGAAACACACUUUUGGGAGGAAUUUAUUAAAAGGUAUUUAAAACCGUUAGAUGCAAACAAAAAAGAACAAGAAACGAUGAAACAGGCUCUUGCUCAAUUACGUAAUGAAGUUGUGGCAGGCUUUGCGUUUAUCAACCUGAUAUGGAUAUCUAUCAAUUUUAUGUUUCAACUUAGAAAACCUGCAGUUAUUGAAUUUCCGACAGCAUCAGGAGCAGAGAAUGUAGAUGACAGUGUGAUAAAGAUCGACGCACUAGGUUUAAUGUUUAUUAUAUUUUUUGUUCUUAUUCUCCUGAUCCAGUUUAUUGGUAUGGUCAUUCAUAGAUUGGGAACACUCAUGCAUCUUAUAGCCAUUACAGAGAUACCAAAUCCAUUCAAAUGCGGGAAAAAGCAAAGCUAUGGAAAUAUAGAGGAAGAAAAUACAGAGAAGCUUAAUGCCAAAGAGUUGAUACGGUUAUGUACAGAUGUAGUUGGAGAGCCAAGGCCAGACUAUUCGAGUGAUGAAGAUGAUGAUGACGAUGAAGAAGACGACAAAGUAGAGGAAGAACUCUCUAACACAAUUGUCAACAACGCUGUCAUAGGUGUAAAGGGAAACAUUGGAGGAACAAGAACACCUGGGCUUGGAAUGUCGUUUAGAGAAACAAUGGUCAUAGGCAGGGAUAAUAUUUCCAAUGAUUUGAGGAGCACUCUGUCUAGUCCUAAUUUUAGACAGACAGCACGAAAUAUGAUAGCCAUUUCCAAGCGAAAAUAUGACGAAGGAACAAAACCACCUCCAAAGGGCAACGUAUUGAAAUACCGAAAAAAUCAUCCACCAAAGUUACGGACUGAUUGGGAACAAGCAAAAAAGUUUGGAUCAACUAAACCUAUUUUCAACGAUUUUAUAAACGAAAUUCAGAAAGAUCAGGACCUCAAACACAAAGUAAGAGGAUUAGAAAAACAAACGGCAGUUGAUAAUCUUAAGAGAACAUUACGCCGUGAGACUUCCGCAACAGAUUUUGAUGAACCCGUUAAUGAUAAAGUAAGUGGAGUCGGUACUUUAAGUCGUGCGUUCUACAAAAAUCUCAAUCAAAAAACAAAAGUACAAACCAGACAAAAUCCAGUUUCCAUCGGAAGUCAUUCCGGCAGCAGAUUGCGUUUUAGAGAAACAACAGAAACCAUCACAUCACUUUAAAUCAAAAUUCAACAAAACGUCACAAAACGUUUGCUUGUGUGUAAAUAUUUAUACUAGUGUGUAUUUAUAACCAUUUAUGUUGUCUUGUCUGUUAAAAUAUGUUAAUUAAUUCCCGUGCAAUGUUUUUAUUUCAUUGUUUUUUUUUUUAAUUCAACAUAAUAACAUUACUACUAAAAAUUAUAAUAUAUGAUCUUAAGAAUGAUUAAUAAUAUCUAUAUUAGCAGUUCACAUAUUUAGAGCAUAGCAUUCAUUCGAAGCUACUUAUGAUUUUAUAUAUUGAUGUUAUUUUCUUAUCUUCGAUUUAAAAGAAAGUACAAGUGUUUCAGUCGAUUUAGAUAUGUAUUUAGAAGUAUAACAUGCAAUACUGACUGUCGCAUUAGUUUAUUCUUACUAAUAAAAACUGAGAAGCUGAUCUAAUCACAUUAUAACACAUCAGUACCGAAGGCUAACUGCAUACAACUAUUUAAAAAAUACUAUUUCAACAAAUGCACAUCGGUGUUAUAAGGUUUUCUAGAAAAUAUAUACUCACAUCACAUUUUUUAAUAUGUAUUACUAGUAAAUGCAAGAUUUGCAAAUUAAAAAUGCUUUAACGAGA